AUGAGCCGGAAUCCGUUCCGGAAAACGGUCGGGUUAUACGAGGUUAUGGCGACGCCGUACACAACAACAACGCACGACACGAAAGGUGAAACGGCUUAUACCAAACCAAAUCAGAUGGAUACAAGCUACAGCCCUCCGCCGAAACCACGAACGCAAGAAUCACAUAAAAAUGUUGAAUUUAACUUGAAGGACCAACAUAAAGAGAAUAAGAAAAAGUAUUUGACAGCAAAGUACGGCGCACACCAAAUGUUUCUGAUUAAGAAAAGACUGGGAGUUGAAAUGUGGAUAUUUGAUGAGCUGAGGAAACUGUACAACUGUGAGAAUGAUGACCACGAUUGUGAGUUAGAGCUGGAAGACAUUCUCAACUUGGACACAGACACAGAGAGGCGAGAUUAUGCAUUACAACAGUUGCAAGAUGUAAAACAGCCGCCUGAUGUUGUUAAUGCAUUUAUUGAAGAACUGUUACAAAGGGCCAAGACAUUAUAA